AUGUCUUCCAACACUGAUGCCCCCCACCCCCAGGAGCCCUCAGGCCCCACAUACUGCAGACAAGCUGACAGCAAGACCAUGGAUAUCUGCCCCUUCCAGGAUUGCCCCUUCCUGAUCUCACCCCCUGUUGAUGAGGGGGACCUUCUGGGUUUGGUGGGCUGUGGAGAAAUGCCGUGGCUGUGGAAGAACUACCAAUACGUGCUGGCCUUCCACUUUGCCAUCCAGGAGAUCAAUAAGGACCCCCAGCUCCUCCCCAAUCUGACCCUGGGUUUCCAGCUCUACAAUUCUGUUACCAGUGGCCAGUUCACCCUGAGGAGCACUCUGCACUGGCUGACUGGAAAGCAUUAUCUCAUCCCUAACUACACCUGCCAGACACAAGGCAAGACUGUUGCCGUCAUUGCUGGAACCACAUCAGCAUUUUUGGCUGAAAUUGGAACGAUGUUGGAGCUGUACAAAACCCCACAGAUCACUUAUGGCCCCUAUGAUCCCAUGCUAAGUGAGAGAGACAAGUUUCCAUCGCUCUAUCAGAUGGGCACUAGUGACAACUCUCUGAUCUGUGGAAUGCUCUCAUUGCUGCUCCAUUUUGGCUGGAUUUGGGUGGCGAUCUUUGUAUCUAAUGAUCUGAAAGGAGAGCAGUUCCUUCAAGAUAUUUUAGCCGAGAUGCUUCAUCCACUUCUGAGGGAAAUCCAAUUUACCAACAGUGCUGGGGAGGAUGUUUCCUUCCAUGAAACGAGAUUCCAUAUGGCACACUACGAUAUCCACAACAUUGUGAACUUUCCUGCUGGAUUUCGGUUGCUGAUUAAAAUCGGGGAGUUUUCCUCUGAGAGUAAACAUGAUCAAAGCUUGGUCCUCAAUGAAGAAAUGAUAGAAUGGCCUGUUGCAUUCAUGGAGACUCCUCAGUCUUUGUGUAGCCAGAGGUGUGGUCCAGGAUUCAGGAAAAUACCACAGGAAGGAAGACCUGUUUGCUGCUAUACUUGUGUUGUUUGUCCAGAGAGAGACAUUUCCAAUCAUACAGAUGCAGAACAAUGCAUCCCGUGUGCAGAUCACGAGUACCCAAACUUGGAGAGAAACCACUGCCUCCCGAAACUGGUGACCUUCUUAGGCUUUGAGGAAUUUCUGGGGAUGGCUCUGACCUGCAUGGCUCUGUGUUUCUCUGUACUCACAGCUGCCAUCCUCUGGGUCUUUGUGAAGCACCGAGACACUCCCAUCGUCAAGGCCAAUAACAGGACCCUCAGCUACAUCCUACUCAUUGCCCUCCUCCUGUGCUUCCUCUGCUCCUUACUCUUCCUUGGCCGUCCCAACACAGCCACCUGCCUCCUCCAGCAAAUAGUAUUUGGCCUUGUGUUCACAGUGGCUGUUUCCACCGUGCUGGCCAAGACCAUCACUGUGAUUCUUGCCUUCAAGGUUACAAAACCUGGAAGAACUAUCAGGCAAUUGCUGGUAUCAGGAGCUUCUAACUCUGUCAUUCCUAUCUGUUUCCUGAUCCAACUGGUUCUUUGUGGUAUCUGGCUUGCGACUUCUCCUCCCUUUAUUGACACAGAUGCACACUCUGAGCAUGGCCACAUCAUCCUGGUGUGCAACAAGGGUUCAGCCACUGCCUUCUACUGUGUCCUGGGCUACCUGGGCUCCUUGGCCCUGGCAAGCUUCACUGUGGCUUUCCUAGCCAGGAACCUGCCUGACACGUUCAAUGAAUCCAAGUUCCUGACAUUCAGCAUGCUGGUGUUCUGCAGUGUCUGGGUGACCUUCCUGCCUGUCUACCACAGCACCAAGGGGAAGGUCAUGGUGGCCGUGGAGGUCUUCUCCAUCUUGGCCUCCAGUGCGGGGCUCUUGGGCUGCAUCUUCCUCCCCAAGUGCUACAUUAUUCUCUUAAGACCAGAAAGGAAUUCUUUGAAAGGCUUAAAGAAAAGA